AUGCUCGAAAAAUUAGUGAAUCGAGUACAGGCUGGUGAAUUAUUGGCCGAAGAAGUGGCGAAAAAAUAUAAUAAUGACAAGAAUGAUGUUAUUAUUUUAGCUUUACCAAGUCACGAGGAAUUGGCCAUGGGCGCCAUUACUGAAACAUCCAGUAUCUUCAACGAAGAUAUUAUUGAUAUGCUUCACAUCAAACAAGAAUCGAUUAAUCGUGUGAUGAAACGGGAGGGCUACUUAUACAUCCCUGAAGAAACUGUAAUUACAUCUAUAUUAAGCUUAGUCGUUCAUUCUUUUGCAUUUAGUUUACUUAUUUAUCAUUUAUGUCAUACCAGUAAUCCUAAAAAAAUAGUCAUUGCCGUCCCCGUUGCAUCACCAGAUACCCUUACAAAAAUGAGUAAAGAAAUUGAUGAUAUCAUUUGCCUCCUGGUACCAAGAAAUUUAGGUGGCAUUGGUGCAUGGUAUCAGGAUUUUACGCAGACUGAAGAUAAAGAAGUUUUAGAAUUACUGGAAAAAAGUGAUCGCGAUUUUCCCGUUCCCACUAUAUCAGCUGAGGAGACGGCAAAACUCCAGAACGAAGCUAUUAUUGAAUAA